AUGCACCCUUCACUUUUGACUUUCCACCUCUCUUUCAUUAUCGCCAUUACAGCAUCUAACUAAGUUCAAUACACACACAAAACCAACCAUAUAUUUAGCUUAGGGUUUCGAAACAUCCCCCUUUUCCGAAAUCAGUCAUAGUUUUUUUCAAAUUUGGUUGUAAUAAUAUGGGUGAAAUGGAAGAAGGUAGCUUGGUGAAUCUGGAAGCAGUGAGGAGUAGUCUGGUGAGGCAGGAAGACACCAUCAUCUUCUCUCUCAUUGAGCGCUCCAAAUAUCCAAUCAACUCACGCUUGUACGAUCCAAUCAAUUCACUGUUGCACUUCUUCAUCAAACAAUCCGAAGCUGUUCAAGCUAAGGCUGGUCGUUACAUAUCACCGGAAGAAAACGCGUUCUUCCCAGAUAGUUUGCCUCCUCCUAUGCUGCCUCCUCCUAAACACAAACCUGUCUUGCAUCCCUCGGGAGCUUCCAUCAACAUAAACGAAAAGAUCUUCGAUCACUACCUCAAGACGCUGAUCCCUCUCGUUGCUGCUGAGGGCAGCGACGACGGGAACUACGCCACCACUGCAGCCAGUGAUCUAGCAUGCUUGCAGGCUCUUUCGAGAAGGAUUCAUUUUGGGAAAUUCGUGGCUGAGGUGAAAUUCAGAGACUCCCCUCAAGACUAUACACCGGCUAUACUUGCUAAGGACAGGGAAGGUUUGAUGGCGUUAUUGACGUUUGAGAGCGUGGAAGAGGCGAUCAAGAAGCGCGUGGAGAAGAAGGCGAUGGUGUUUGGGCAGGAUGUGGAGAAUCCGGAAAGUGGCAACUAUAAGGUUAAACCUGCAGUGGUUGCUCAACUCUAUGGGGAGUGGGUGAUGCCUUUGACUAAAUUUGUUCAAGUCGAGUACCUUCUUCGUCGUCUCGAUUGAUUAAGUUGCACCACUCUGUUUUUCUCUCUGUUUCAUUCUUGAUGAACUUCAACACUUGAUCACCAUCAUUUGAUUGUUAUGUGACUCUAAUUUCGUGGGAAUAAUAAAUAAAGUCUAAUUUAUUGCUCCUA